GCGCCGACGGUCGCGGCUUCCAGUCUGGUCGUCGCUCGCGCCCUUUCCGAACGGGCCCGCCAUGUUACAUUACAAAAUUCCCAACUCUUACAACACGCGAACGCAAUAAAAAAUAGACAUUAUCUGUGCGUAAUUUAAUAAUAAAAACUUCUUUAUAUUUCUGUGAUCGGCAUCUUUUUUUAGUGGACUCUGUGACGUGUUUGACAGUUGAAACUUUUAAUUCGCUAAUGUAGUUGUUUAAAUUUUUCCGCGGAUUUGAGUUUUGUCGGCGGAUUUGUGUGCAGUGCGAAAUCAUUAAUUGGAUAAGUGAAAAGUUUUUAUUUAUGGUCCAUUGUGCCGGGUGAAUAGUGAAUGUGACUGGCGAUGACAAUUUAAAGUGAACUUCUACUAAUGAAGAUAAGUGAUAAAGGAGUGCGUUUGCCCUAAUGAUGUGAAAAAAUAAAACUAUCGUGAUGUGGUUUGCGGCGUUGGUGUGUUUUUUCUGUCAUUUAGGUAUUUCAGCGGGCGGCGGCGGUGACACCAGUGAGGAAGCGACCACGACCACCGUCGACUUCGCGUUCAAUGCCACUUCUAGCACCGAGAGCGUCGCCCAGCCAUACUUCGACAAUGCAACGAAACGCGACUAUACCGCCGCUGUGGGCCAGCCGGCGUAUCUACAUUGUCGAGUGAAAAAUCUGGGAGAUCGAGCGGUAUCCUGGAUACGCAAACGCGACCUGCACAUCCUCACAGUGGGAGUUCACACAUACAGCAGCGACGCGCGUUUCGCCGCACUACACACGGACGGAUCGAACGAAUGGACGUUACGAGUGGCGCCUGCGCAACCACGUGACUCAGGAUCGUAUGAGUGUCAAGUGUCCACUGAGCCUAAGAUUAGUCUGUCGUUUAGGCUUACCGUUGUAGUUUCAAAAGCAGAAAUACUCUCUGGACCGGAGUUGUUUGUGAGAGCUGGUUCUGACAUUAAUCUCACUUGCAUAGCCAGGCAUGCUCCCGAUCCGCCAAGUUUCAUCUACUGGUAUCGCGGUUCAAACGUGGUGAACUACGCCCAACGCGGCGGCAUCAGCGUCGAGACGGAACAACGCACGCGCACCAGUCGCCUGCUCAUCGCGCGAGCCUCGCCAAGAGACUCCGGGAACUAUACCUGCGCACCUAGCAGCUCGGAUUCGGCGUCCGUGGUGGUGCACGUGGUGAGCGGAGAGCGGCCGGCAGCGAUGCAGAGCCGGUCCAAGAGAAUAUCGCCCUUACCGCCCCUGAUGCUUCUCUCGCUCAAAACAAGUCAAUUGAAAACAUUCCUUACCACAACCAUGCUAUACAUACUUUUAAUGUUUCACUAUUCAUCGAGAUCUAUUAGAAAUAUAAGUUUUCUGUUGAACAAUUAUUGUAUCAGAAGGUUUGUGACUAGAUGACCAGCUCCAGCUGAUGUUGGUAAUGUUGCAUAAAAUGCAGGCACAAACACUUUUAAAUAGGGUUUUUAAUUAGCCGUAAGUCAAACUGACGUAUAAAGAAACGAAUUAUUGUAAUAAGCAUCUUUUUAUUACGAAAUCAUUUUAUCGUUCAUUUGUUAAGCUUUGC